CGCACAACAAUAAUGAAUGGAAACACGUCGUAGCCAAGUUGAGCAGCAAAUCAAAGUAACUGUUGGUCGGCAUUUGAAAGUUAUCUAUCGCGAGGGGAAAUCUGUUUAAAGUAAUGGAUUGGCCAGGCAAAUUAGAAACUACUUUAUGGAAGAGAAAGCAGCUGUACUUUGAUUGUUACUUUUGAAAGUAAGUUAUUGAAGGGAAACUACAGUGGGACACACUGUAAACCUUAAACGCGUGAUUAAGUGCAAAUGGCAUUUUGGGACAGUGAUACGAGACUACUGCACGGUCAGCGAUUUAUCUCGGCUUGGGGAAGUGGAUUAUUUGGAUUAAUCCGUUAAUGAAAUUGUUGGAAUAUUUGGGAUAUUUUUGUUUUACUUGGAGUAUCAUCACUGGAAGAAAGCUGAAGGAAUCAAGUUGAGCAGAGCAUACUCACAUCUGGAGGAAAAUGGGUAAUAUAGAAAGUGUGGAUGGCCAGUCGGAGAUGAAGCAUCACAUCAUGCCACUGAAGGUUCCCAUGCCUGACCCCACCGAGCUGGAGGAGAAAUUUGCCAUUGUUUUGAGUUCUAUGAACCUGCCUCCAGACAAAGCACGCCUCCUCAGACAGUAUGACAAUGAGAAAAAGUGGGACCUGAUCUGCGACCAGGAGAGAUUUCAGGUGAAGAAUCCACCUCACACCUACAUCCAGAAGCUACGAGGAUACUUAGACCCUGGAGUCACACGAAAGAAGUUUCGCAGGCGGGUGCAGGAAUCUACAAAAGUCUUGAGGGAGCUGGAGAUCUCACUAAGGACAAACCACAUUGGGUGGGUCAGGGAGUUCCUGAAUGAUGAGAACAGAGGUCUUGAUGUCCUGGUGGAGUACCUCUCCUUUGCUCAGUGUGCUGUCAUGUUGGAUUUUGAGGGGCUGGAGAAUGGGGAGGAUGGCUUCUUGGACAAGGCUAAAUCUUGGAGUAGGUCCAUAGAAGAUCUGCAUCACACCAGCACCCAACCGUUCUGCAACACACUGGUGCGCUCUGCCCGCCAGUCUGUCCUCCGCUAUGGCACGGUUCCCAACAGCAAAACCAUCAAGAACUCCCGCCUUGUGAGCCAAAAAGAUGAUGUGCAUGUGUGCAUCAUGUGUUUGAGAGCAAUCAUGAAUUAUCAGUAUGGCUUCAAUAUGGUCAUGUCUCACGCACACGCAGUCAAUGAAAUUGCUCUCAGCUUGAACAAUAAGAACUCACGGACGAAAGCCUUGGUCCUUGAGCUGCUGGCUGCCGUCUGUCUAGUCCGAGGAGGUCACGAGAUCAUCCUCUCAGCAUUUGACAACUUCAAAGAGGUGUGUAAGGAGAAGCAACGCUUUGAGAGACUGAUGGAUUACUUCCGCUGUGAAGAGGGAAACAUCGACUACAUGGUUGCUUGCAUGCAGUUCAUCAACAUUGUGGUCCACUCAGUCGAGGACAUGAACUUCAGAGUCCAUCUGCAGUAUGAAUUCACCAAGCUUGGACUGGACGAUUACCUGGAGAAAUGUAAACAUACAGAGAGUGACAAGCUGUCGGUGCAGAUCCAGGCCUACCUGGAUAACGUGUUUGACGUGGGUGGUCUGCUGGAAGAUGCGGAGACGAAGAAUGCAGCUCUGGAGAAGGUAGAGGAACUGGAGGAGCACCUGUCCCAUGUGACGGAGAAGCUGCUGGAGCUUGAGAAUGAAACAAUGAUGAAAGUAGCUGAUCUGGAGAAAGUGGUCCUUCAGAAAGAUAAGGACCUGCAUGCAAUACGGGAGACAUACGAGUCGACCAACACCCAAGUCACCACCCUGAGGAGGGUGAUCAAGGAGAAGGAUGCCGCUUUCCAGAGGCACUUCAAUAUUGAGAGGCGGCUCCUGGAGCUCGAGCAGCAAGGCACCAUCCGUUUGCAUAAGAAGGCUGAUGGAGACAUUGCCAUAGAGCCGCUGGGUGUCGGGGGUGGGGGAGGCGUUGGGAGUAGUGGCCUUGGGAUUCCACUGGGUGACAUGAAGCAGCUGUCUUUGGGUUCAACAGCUGGGUUAACUGAACCAGGGGGAACAGACACUAGUUUACCACCAGCCAGUGAAGCCCCUCCACCUCCUCCACCACCUCCACCGCCUCCUCCUCCUCUUCCCUCUGCCUCAGAUCACAAUGCACCAGUCCCACCACCACCACCUCCUCCCGCUCCACCUCUGCCAGACGCUUCUCCAUCAGUUAUCCUGAGUGUGGGUCUCUCAGCUAUCAGAAUCAAGAAGCCAAUCAAGACCAAGUUCCGUCUGCCUGUGUUUAACUGGACAGCCUUGAAGCCCAAUCAGAUCAACGGCACAGUCUUCAACGAGAUUGAUGAUGAGCGUGUGCUCGAGGAGCUGGAUCUGGAGAGGUUUGAGGAGCUGUUUAAGACCAGAUCCCAGGGUCCGGUUGUGGAUCUUUCCUGCACAAAGAGCAAAGUAGCCCAGAAGACGGUAAACAAAGUCACUCUUUUGGACGCCAAUCGCUCCAAGAACUUAGCCAUCACACUGCGAAAGGCGAACAAGACCACAGAAGAGAUCUGCAAAGCAAUAGAGAAAUUUGACCUCAAGGCCUUACCCGUCGACUUUGUGGAGUGCCUGAUGCGUUUCUUGCCCACGGAGGGGGAGGUGAAGGUGAUGCGUCAGUACGAGCGUGAGCGGCGUCCACUGGACCAGCUAGCUGAGGAAGAUCGCUUCAUGUUGUUUUUCAGCAAGAUUGAGAGGCUCACACAGAGAAUGAACAUCAUCACCUUUGUUGGGAACUUUUCUGACAAUAUCAACAUGCUUACACCACAGCUCAAUGCAGUCAUUGCUGCUUCUGGCUCAGUGAAAUCCGCACCAAAGUUGAAAAGAGUGCUCGAGAUCAUCCUAGCUUUGGGAAACUACAUGAAUAGCAGCAAGCGAGGCUGCGUUUAUGGCUUCAAAUUACAAAGUCUUGAUCUUCUGCUGGACACUAAGUCUACAGACAGGAAGAUGACGUUGCUCCAUUACAUAGCUCUCAUUUUGAAAGAGAAGUACCCUGAACUGGCCAACUUCUACAACGAACUGCACUUUGUGGAAAAAGCUGCAGCAGUAUCUCUGGAAAAUGUGCUGCUGGAUGUUCGAGAGCUAGGGAAAGGCAUGGACUUGAUACGGAGAGAGUGCAGUCUCCAUGACCAUUCAGUCCUGAAAGGCUUCGUCCAGACCAGUGACACACAGCUGGACAAGCUGCAGAAGGACGCCAAGACAGCAGAGGAAGCCUUUAACAAUGUGGUGAACUACUUCGGAGAGAGUGCCAAGACGACUCCGCCCUCGGUGUUCUUCCCCGUGUUUGUGCGCUUUAUCAAGGCCUACAAGGAUGCAGUGGAAGAAAACGAACAAAGGAAAAAGCAGGAGGAAGCAAUGAGAGAAAAGUUACUGGCUCAGGAGGCUAAACAGCAUGACCCCAAGGUCCAGGCCCAAAAGAAGAGGCAGCAGCAAGAGGAGCUGAUCGCAGAGCUGCGCAAGCGGCAAGCCAAAGACCACCGGCCCAUGUACGAGGGCAAGGAUGGCACUAUUGAGGACAUCAUCACAGUACUGAAGAGCGUGCCCUUCACAGCCCGCACUGCUAAACGUGGCUCACGGUUCUUCUGUGAAGCCAACAUCUGUGACGACGCCAACUGCUAGCCCUCCCCCCCCCCUAAUGCCAAGGUUGUCCAGGUGUCUCUCGUACGCCUCCUGACCCCACUGUGCAUGCAGCAUGAUCCCCAUCUCCCACUCAACCCCAACCUCACCACUACAACUACUGUCAACUAACUUGGGCUGUUAUUUGGUUGUUUGUGUUCUACUUCAGAGGACUUCUAUCAGGCAUCUGGUGAUUGGAGUCAGCCAAACCUCUUUGUCUGAUGCAGAUCUCCAUGGGAAAAAAAGUUGUACAACAUAUUUUUGUGUGUGUGGAAAUAUGUUGAUAUACUCAGAGUACAAUCAGCCAUGACUGUGAUUACAUUUUUAAGUGAGCUGCAUGUCACAAGGCUGUGCAUUAUUAUGGCAUAUUUCUUUCAUGAAGCUGAAUUCAACAGUCAUACAGAAAAGAGGUUUGGCUAGUUGACUGGUUUUAUCAACGAUGCCUUGUUCCAUGAAACUAACUUGUUUGGUGUUGGUUUCCGGCUAACAUGUGCCUCUUCUUUCCUCAACCACCACUGUUCAUUCUACCCCUUCCAGCUGAAAAGAAGAUUAAUGACAGUAUUUCCCACUCCUAAGAGAGGGUAAGGAAGGUAGCCUGGCUGAAACCCGGCCUGCUUGGCCCUCCGGCUCCUGUGUGCUGCUAUAGUGAUGUCAGCUGCUUCAGCUAGUGCUUUGGACGCAUAAAAAGGCUUCACAGCAAUGAGAUUUGCUUUACAACACAGUAGUUAGUAAACAAGAGUAUUGAAGAUGACUUAAGAAGCGAGUUACAGUAAUACAAUAUCACUUGCCCCAACAACAGCCAUUAAAACAUGAAUUCAAUUCUUAAACUUUCCACCAGGUCUUUGCCUCAGAAAGGAAGCCUUUGUGAUAUUUUAAGAACAUAAUUUUUCAGUCUAAAUUACCCUUAUGAUCAUCAUCAUCAUCAUCAUCAUCAUCCUCACACCCUCCCAUUAUGUGUUGCAUGUUGUCCAGUGUUUAUUUACCUCUCACCUGUCAACAACGUCCGCCAUGUCUAUGCUAACUGUCAUUUGCACUGUGCUGAACAGCUGUUUGGUCAACAGGCUCUAGAAAACACACACACACACACACACACACACACAGUCAGAUUAACAUGAACACUGUCAGCUGUAUUAAAAUUAUUUUUACAGAGCUGAAAGGUUUUCUGUUACUUUAGACACAGCCAGCUGGAUUUGUGCUCAACAAUUUGAAGAGCUUGUUGACCAUUGUACUGUAACUGUAAUAAUGAGGCUACUUUUACUGCUGCAUUAUUAGUUUUACAAAGUUGCUAUAACUGCAUUCCCAAAGCCUUGAAUUUCACUGUUUUGUGUAUCACUUCUACAAGUUGAAAUGCAAGGUUAUGGGAAUGUGUCAUUCAGUCUGAAUUGUUUAUGCACUUAUUUGCUAAUUUUAUAUUUCUAAUACACAGUAAACAAAGUUUACCUGCAGACGUUUUGCAGAGUUUUUACAAUUAUUUGAAUGAAAUAUACAAAUAUACACUCAGUUGCCAGUUUAUUAGGUACACGUAGCUUAAACUAAUGCAACAGUUCAGCAAUAACUGCUGAGGUUUAUUAUGUUCAGUUUUUGUUGAUUCAACUCAAUUGUUCAACUGAUAAUGUUGGAGGAUGUUUGUGGCACUGUUGAACUGUUUUGCAUGAGAGGUGUUUCUGUUUAGUCUACCCUCAUUCAUAUAAAUGGGGGGAGGGCAAAAUAAUAGAAACACGUCACGUAAUUACGUGUAGCUGAUAAACUUGCAACUGAGUGUAUGUCCUCUACAUUUGUGGCUUAAACACACUCUUAGCACUUCAAAAGUAAGGGAAAUAGUAUAAGCAAGUUUGCAGAUUGACCUCUGGGUUGUCUAACAUGUGUGCCCCCCUGUCUCUCACCCCUCUCUCCAUGCCUACUCACAGAUCUCCGAAACCAGCCUUUCCUGCGAGCUGACGCGUUGAUCCGGAGCGGUUGGAAGAGACCUUAACCACUUAUUGGUCACUUAUACUCCUCUCCCUACUAUAACCUCCCUCCCUGUGUCCCGAUGGUCUCUCUCAACCCUGAGGCUGCAGAUCACAAAGACUGAGAGGGACAGGACAGAGCCCUUGUUAUAGCUGGGUAAUUUAUUUAUUUAUGGCGGCCCUUUACAGCCACUUUAAGUGAGCAGACAUCAUUACAGAAGCACAAUGGGUUACUCCUGUCUCACUGCAAAUGCAAGACUUUCCCUGCUCUGUUGCCAAGCAGACCAGUCGGAGGACGACUACAAAACAGGUGAGGUGAGGACUGGCGGACCAAAAAAGCAGGAAGAACUUUGCUUUCACUAACAAGCGCCUGCCAGCAUGUGGAUCUUAUUCCCCAAGACUGUUAUUUUCCUCAGAUUAUGCAGUCGUAGCAGGAUUUAGAAUGGGAGCCAGCCAGGGGAAGAUUCCUUCUCUGCUGCUGGGAUGUUUGCCUUGAAGAGACUUGCAAAACCUUCCUGAGACAGAGACACUUCAAUAUUAUUAUGAGACAUUUGGGGACUGUUUCCUAACUUUAAGCCAAGUGAACACAUUCAAUCAAGACUUAUAUUGAUAAUUUAGAUUUCAGUCGCAUGCAUCUGGGAGGAAAGACCAUUGAUUCUUUUGGACAGCUAGCCAAACCAAAAUUUCUCCAAUGUCUCUUGUUUUGCUUAAAAAGUGCCUUUUUGUGUGUAAACAGUGUUAUUUCUCACGAGUCAGCCAUAAUUUGUUUUACAUCUUUCAUUUGUAAAAUAUUGUAUUUUGUAUUGCCUUGUUCUAUAACAUAAGUCUUAUAAUACUGACAAUAUGCAAAGGUUGAAAUUUCAAGCUUUAAAGUCUUACAGCUAGAAGGCCAGGGGAAUAAUGAUUUUAAGAUUACUCUUUUUAUUUACCUCUCUAGUACAUCAGUGUCUUUGAGCUUACGAUUGACAUUUCUUUGUGCCUUGUCCAAGUAGUUCUUAAAAACUGAACGUUAUACGCCUUGACAACACUUCCCGCACACUUUAAGUGACAUUUUGGAAGUGACAAAUGUAUGAAGAAGAUUCCACAUGGACUGCUGUUUAAGGGCCAAAAUUAUGUUAACCUGCUAUAGAAGUGGUGAUGGAUUGAAGGAUGUUUCCAUUCCUAUGAGGGCUUAUGGUUUAAGCUUUUUUUAUCUUCUCUGUUUUAAUAGAGACAAUGUAUUUCCUCCUAACAGCUAUUGAAACUUACAUGACAUUGGCACAAAAGGGGCUGAUACAUCUUUACACUACUUAAUUUGGCUCAACAUUGUAUGAGACACUAUUCUUUCCGUGGAUAUUAAUAUUAAUGUACAUUUAAAUCAAGAAAUUUACUUUUUAGAAGAAAUUAUCCAUGAUAUUGUCCAAUGACUGGAAGAUGACACUUCCGGUUUAAUAAAUAAGAUGAAUUAU